AUGGCACAAUCAGGAUCUACUGGCGUGCCUGGUCCUGCCGGGCGCAGGCUCCAUAUCGCCCAUCGACGCAGCCCGUCUGAGCUGACCCCAUUGAUGAUGGAACAACUUGCUCUUCAGCAACAAAUCGAACUGCUCCAACAGCAACAGCAGCAGAUUGCUGCCACUCAUCAGCAAUAUGUGAACAUGGGCAUGAUCCAGCAGCCCUUACAGAACAUGCCGGGAUAUUCGCCCAUCCAAGGCCAACCCAACAUGUCUGGCAUCUCGCCCAAUAAUACAAACUUUCAGUUCCCGCAAAUGCAGCAACAAAUGGGACUACCGGGAAAUCCCCCAACGCAGCCUGCUGCUCAUCGAAGAAAUAACUCAGCUCUGCCAGGCAUGGGCAUGGGUCCCCCACCUGCACCUUCGGCUGGUACUGCUGGUGCCAGCUACGGGGAGUUCAAUCAACAAGCUUCCUCCCAAAACCGUGAGAAUGCCAGCAAUCGAGGAAGAGGAGGCGGAAACCAGGGCGGUCAUGCUCGACGUCACUCGCUAGCACUUCCCGAAGCGAAGAAGGCUGCAGAAUUGGCAGAAAAGAAAAGAACUGCCGCAGGGUUCCAGUUCCCGAUUCCUGGCGGCGCUGGUAUCGCUGAGAGCCCUGUUGCUGCCACUCCUGCCGACGACAAACUACAAACACCAACUUCCUCCCAAGGCCUUGGGCUACAACGUGCUGGUAACGCCAGAGGUGUUGGCCACAGUCGCAGCCAAAGCAUGGCUGCUGGCGGCACUCGUGGUGGUGGUACUGGCGGUCGUUCGGCCUUUCAGUUCCCUCCUCCAAAUGCCACUAACGACGCCGGUCAGGCUGGUCAACCUGAUUUGCAGCGCCGCGGAAGCCAGAGCAGUCACACAAGACAAGGCUCUCGAAACUUUGAGGGCAAUUGGCGUCAGCAAAACAACCAGCCAUCGGCCGAUCAACCACAACAACAGAUGGGACAAUUCAGCCAACCUGCAGGCGUUGGUGGGGCCGGCUUCCAACCAGGCCAUAGAGCUGGCAGGGGCUCAAUCAAUCAGUCUGUCGGCUCCAUGAGCGGCUUCCAGUAUCCCGGCCAGCCACAAAUGAUGCAAAUGGGGCAGGGAGGAAUGAUAAUGCCUCAAAUGUUCGCUGGUCAGCAAUUGAACGCUCUUCAAAUAGCACAACUCCAAGCCAUGCAGGGUGCCCAGCUUGGAGGACUUCAGGCUAGCCAGCAUGCUCCGCAGCUAGGCAUGCAACAGUCACAACAGCAGAGAAAGACCUUGUUUACACCUUAUCUACCUCAAGCAACAUUGCCUGCCCUUUUGAACGACGGUCAACUGGUGGCAGGUAUUCUUCGUGUCAACAAGAAGAAUAGGUCGGAUGCAUAUGUUACUACCAGUGAUCUCGAUGCGGAUAUUUUCAUUUGCGGUAGCAAGGAUCGGAAUCGAGCUCUCGAGGGUGAUCUAGUCGCAAUCGAAUUAUUGGACGUAGAUGAAGUCUGGGGCCAGAAGCGUGAAAAGGAAGAAAAGAAGAAGCGCAAGGAUAUAACAGAUACUCGCUCUUCCGGCAAUACUCAGAAUGGCAAGAACGAUACUUCCUCAUCCACCGAAAACCAAUCCAUCGCACCAGAUGGUAGCAUCCGUCGACGUGGAAGUUUACGUCAACGACCAACGCAAAAGAAGAACGAUGAUGUUGAGGUCGAGGGCCAGAGCCUCCUGUUGAUGGAAGAGGAAGAGAUCAGUGAUGAACAGAAGCCACUCUACGCUGGUCACGUUGUUGCCGUCAUCGAACGUGUGGCAGGCCAAAUGUUUUCUGGUACCCUUGGCCUCCUGCGACCAAGCAGUCAAGCUACAAAGGAGAAGCAGGAAGCCGAGCGGCACGCCCGUGAUGGAGGAGGUCAUGGACGAUCUGAGUCUCGUCCACAAGACAAGCCAAAGAUUGUUUGGUUCAAGCCAACCGACAAGCGUGUUCCUCUCAUUGCCAUUCCUACAGAGCAAGCUCCUCGAGACUUUGUCGAGAAGCAUCAAGACUACGCAAACAGGAUCUUCGUUGCUUGCAUCAAGCGCUGGCCGAUCACCUCGCUGCAUCCAUUCGGAACUCUGGUUGAGCAACUCGGAGAGAUGGGUGACCUGCGUGUUGAGACCGAUGCACUUCUCCGAGACAACAACUUUGGAUCCGACGAGUUCUCUGAUGCUGUUCACAAGAGUGUCGGUUGGGAUGACUGGUCCCUGAAGACCGAGUCCGAGGAAAGUCUGGCUACCCGUCGUGAUCUUCGUGGCGAGCGCACUUUCACAAUCGAUCCCAAUGGUACCAACGAGCUUGAUGACGCCAUUCAUGUCAAGAACCUCGGCGACGGAACCGUUGAGCUUGGUGUCCACGUAACGGACAUUGCACAUUUCGUCAAGACCAAUUCUCUCGUCGAUAGAGAGGCUAAGAAACGAGGCACUGGGGUUUACCUCAUGACUCGUGCUGUCAACAUGCUACCGGCCAAAUUGUCUUCUGGAGUCUGUUCACUCGCUCCAGGAGAGGGUCGAUUGACCGUCAGUGUCAUCCUCAAGGUCGACAUCAAGACUGGAAAGGUGGAAGGCGAGCCUUGGAUCGGAAAGACAAUCAUUCAAAGCUCUGGUAAAUUGGCCUAUGAUGAGGUCGAUGCCGUUGUUAAGGGUGAUGGCAAUGUUGAUCUGCACGGUGCUACAAUCGACGAUAUCAAGACCCUAUACACUAUUGCCAACAAAUUUAGGGAAGCUCGAUUCGGCCACCGAUCCGCAAACAUUGAACCUCUUCGUUUGCUUUAUCAGCUUGAUGAUGAGAACGUUCCCGUCGAACACAAUAUCUUCAAUACAUCCGCCGCGCAUGAGAUCAUUGAAGAGAUCAGCUGCAAAGCCAACUUUUUGGUCGCCCAAAAGAUUUUCGCUGCGAUGCCUGACAAAGCCUUCCUCCGCCGCCAGGCUUCUCCAAAUCCAAGACGCCUUCUAACAUUCGCAGACCGAAUGACCCGGGCUGGCUACGAGAUUGACACCAGUAGCAGUGGAACUUUGCAAGAUAGCCUCUUCAAGGUUGAGGAUCCUGAUUACCGCAAAGGCAUGGAGACUCUGUUGGUGAAGACUUUGCAACGCGCCAAGUACUACAUUGGUAACCAGCUGACCGAAGAGCAACGUCAACAUUACGCUUUGAAUCUGCCGAUUUAUUGCCAUUUCACAAACCCCACCCGCCGUUACUCUGAUAUUGUGGUUCAUCGACAAUUGGAAGCCGCUCUUUCUGAUGGCGCAAUCGAAUUUAGUGAAGAUCUCGAGUCUCUGGCCAAGACUUCCGAACAAUGCAACAACAAGAAAGACUCGGCCCAUGCGGCCCAGGAACAAAGUGUUCACAUUGAGUCCUGUCGACUGAUGGAUAAGAAGAGCAAGGAGUUGGGUGGCGACCUUGUCAGUGAAGGCAUCAUCAUCUGUGUCUACGAAUCUGCAUUCGAUGUGCUUAUUCCUGAAUAUGGCUUCGAAAAGCGUGUUCAUUGCGAUCAGCUACCUCUUAAGAAGGCCGAAUUUCGCAAGGAGGAAAGAGUUCUUGAGCUUUACUGGGAGAAGGGUGUCCCAUCGUCGGCAUACGUUCCAGAAGAUGAACGCCCUCGUGGUUCGGCCAGCACCAGAGGCAGCAACAACAACACACGUGAUUCCGAGAAUGCCAAGGAGCGUGCAAAGGAGCGCUAUGAAGCUCAGAGGAAGAAUGUUGAUAGCAACACCAUCUCCACUGAUGAUGUGGAUGCUUUAUACGACGAUGACAGUGCUUCUGAGAUUACCGAGAUGGCAGCAGGUGUUUCGCUCAAUUCUCCGGUGGAUCGCUCAACUCAAAGCAUGCCGCCAUCGCCAACCCGAAAUGGCUUGUCGUCCAACGGACCAACACGGACUCAAUCCGACUCUCGUAUUGCAAAGUCUGGCAGUGACAUCCCAGAAAACCAAUUGACAGACAAGGAGAAGUACCGCAGCUACUUCAAACUGAGAGAAGAAGGUGGGGAGUAUAUUCAAGACGUCACCGAAAUGACAAGAGUACCGGUCAUCCUCAAGACGGAUUUGACCAAGAGUCCUCCGUAA